CGUGGUGAGUUACAAGUGCGAUUACGGAUCCGGGUCCGCGGGCUACAACUCAAUUGCUCUUCCAGGACCCGUCGAGUAAGACGGAUCCGAUAAGACAUAGCUUGGGCCAUGUUAGACCUGGUCAUAACAAAUCGAGCAGGACCGAAUCAACCGCCUCGAGAUGCAACAUAACAUUUGAAUGAGAUUGAUCCAAACGCAGUCACGUGACCAACGUGAGACCCGUUGCGUACUCGCGUCGGCGUCCCUUAUCCUCACCGUCCGUGCGCGGUUCUUCCUUCUUCCGCCUUCUCUCCGAUCGCUUCCUCCUCCGGCGAUUCUCCUCCGAUUUUGUUUGAUUGAUUCUUUUUUGGGGAAGAUUGCGGAAAUAGAGAGGCGAUGAUGGGACCGGAGAUUGCCUCUGGCUUCGACUCGCCUCCGGAGAGAGAAGAGAUGGAGAGCCUCGCCCUCUCCGACGCCUCCGCCAGCGCCUACCGCUCCGCCAUGUCCUCCAUCCCCGCCUCCAUUUCUGCAUCCUCCGAUGGGGAUCCACUCCUCGCUCCCCCUCCCACCCUCCACUUCCCCAUCUCCUCCUCCGCCUCCGGCCACGGCGGGAAUCCCGCCACUUCCACGGCUUCCUCUUUCCUAGAUCCGCCCUCCUACGCGGACGUGGUCUUCAGUCCAUUCGACUCGCAUAACGGCCACGGCGGCUGCGGCAGUGGCGCUGAUAAUGGAUCCUUACUCCGCAGCGAUUCCUCCCCCAGAUCCGCCCGUGCCGCUAAGUCAGACUACAUUAAGAUCUCCGUCUCCAACCCGCACAAAGAGCAGGAGACAGCGAACUCGCUCGUCCCCGGCGGUGGGACCUACUUCACCUACUUGAUCACCACCCGAAUGCGCGCCGGCUUUGCGGCGAAUGGGGACGGAGAGUCGGAGCCUGUUGAGUUUGGCGUGCGGCGGCGGUUCCGAGACGUGGUCACGCUCUCUGAUAGGCUCGCGGAGGCUUACCGGGGGUUUUUUAUUCCUCCACGUCCGGAUAAGAGCGUGGUUGAGAGCCAGGUGUUGCAGAAGAACGAGUUCGUGGAGCAGCGUCGGUCGGCUCUUGAGAAGUAUUUGUGGCGAUUAGCGGAGCAUCCGGUGAUCGGGAAGAGCGAUGAGUUUAGGGUGUUCCUUCAGGCGAAGGGAAAGCUUCCAUUGCCGACGACCACUGAUGUUGCUUCAAGGAUGCUGGAUGGGGCGGUGAGGCUUCCAAAGCAGCUAUUUGGGGAGGGAGCAGCUGCACAAGUUGUGCCGCAGGAGGUAGUGCAGCCGGCAAAGGGAGGCAGAGACUUGCUGAGGAUAUUUAAGGAAUUGAAGCAGGCAGUGACUAAUGAAUGGGGAGGAGUGAAACCAUUGUUGGUGGAGGAGGACAAGGAAUUUUUGGAGAAAAAGGAGAAGAUGCAGGAUCUUGAGCAGCAACUCAGCAGUGCGUCACAGCAGGCUGAAGUUCUGGUUAAUGCACAACAAAGUAUUGGUGAAACAAUGGGAGAAAUAGGUUUGGCAUUCAUCAAACUUACAAAGUUUGAGACCGAGGAAGCAGUAUACAGCUCUCAGAGAAUACGAGCUGCUGAUACCAAAAACGUUGCAACUGCUGCUGUAAAAGCCAGCAGAUUAUAUCGUGAACUAAAUGCUCAAACUGUCAAACAUCUGGAUACACUUCAUGAACAUCUAGGAUUAAUGCUUGCUGUUAACAGUGCCUUCUCAGAGAGAACCAGUGCUCUGUUGACUGUGCAGACCUUAAUGUCAGAUUUGGCAACACUAAAUACAAGGGUCGAUAAACUUGAAGCUGCAUCCUCUAAGAUUUUUGGUGGCGACAGAUCAAGAUUACAUAAGAUAGAGGAGCUAAGAGAAACAAUUAGAGUUACUGAGGAUGCUAAAGGUUGUGCAAUAAGAGAAUACGAGAGGAUAAAGGAAAACAAUCGGAAUGAGCUCAAUAGGCUAGACCAAGAAAGGAAGGAUGAUUUUCUCAGCAUGCUGAAAGGGUUUGUAAUUAACCAGGUCGCGUAUUCUGAAAAGUUGGCUAAUGUCUGGGCUACCGUAGCCGAAGAUACGAGUAACUAUGUGAGAGGCAACAGCUAGAUUGUGCGUCAUCAUUAUCAUCAACAUCAAGUCGUGUCUAUAUCAAGCUAUUUAUAAUCAGCCACAUGAAUCGUGUGAGUGGAAACUAAAAUUUUCUCCUUUGCAGCUUCUUCUCAAUCACAGGAAUGUACACGAACCACCUUGCAGUUGAAAGGGUAACAAGAAAAAGAAAAGGGUUGUGUUUGCUACAGAAAAAAGUAGUUCAUGGUGGUGCUUGUUUCUGAAAUCUGUCUGGGCUCAGCAUUUUUAGUUUGCUGUUGUGUAUAUUUAUUAGGUUAAUUUUCCGAUUUUUUUUUUCAAAAUGCAGCUUAAUAUUUUAAUAUUGUCAAAAUCCCUCAUAAGGUUUUUAUUU